AUGAAAUUAAAGGUGGGAAAAUGUGUGGAAAAUUUUAAUUUUUAUAAUUUAGAAGAUGUUAAUUUGAGAAUUGAUCCAGAAAAGAUUAUUAAAUAUGCGGGAUUUAAUUACGAUGAUGGCCAUUUUAGAGAUAAAAGAAAAGAACGUUAUCGAAUACCUCCGUGGAAUGAAUUUGUUAAUGUUCAAGAAGUUUAUCUAUUACAAAUGGAUGUAGUUGAAAAAAUGGAAAAAGAAAUAGAAUCACCGUCUAACCCAAAGAAAUCAAAAUUAGAUUAUUCAAACAAGGGAAAAGAUUCUGAUAGUGAAGACGAUUCUGAUAUUCUAAUAGUGGAUACUCGGCCAAAUAGUAAUGGCCUUGAAGAUGGGGAAAUACCUAGUGAAAGAAUUGUUGAUUUAGAAACAAAUGUUGUUGUUCGGAGAAGAAAGGAAGAAAUUGCUACAACUAUUAUGCAUAUUCCACCAGAGGAAAAUAAAAAUUUGACAAAUGAGAAUAAAAAAGAUGAAGAAAAAAUAAUAGAACAAGAUAAUCAAAAAAUAAAUGAUGAGCGAAAAAUAAUUGAUGAAAUGCGAAUUCCUGCCGAGAAGCUAAUUUUUAACGACAAAAUUAAUUAUGAUGUUAGAAAACCUUCACUUGAUAGUUUUGCGCAAAUAUUCAACCAUUUAGACAUCAAGUUAUUGGAAAGAGUCUUGGAUUUGUAA